AGAGCCGAGCCACGGGAGGCGCGCGCAGGAACUGCGAGUCUCGUGCCAGUGCGCGUUUGGGCACAUGCGUGUUUUUGGACUAUUUAUAAGAUUAUUCCAGCCCCGUCCUCUGAGUUUGGUGGGAAACUUUGUUUUUAGGACGCGCCGGGGGACCAGCCUUUUUCUUUCCCCUUUUACAUCCACGCACGAGCGGUUAGUCUCGUGGACAGGAGUGAUCCAGUAACUGAUAGAGUUGGUUGUACCUGAGGUGGACACACACACCUGAGCGAGCAACAGAGAGAGAGAGAGAGAGACAGAGAGAUGUACACAGCGGUGCUGCUCUCCUCUUCUCUGUUUCUCCUGCAUGUGACCUGCACGCCUCAGAUUCACGGUCACCACGGGAGGAGAGUGUGUGUUGGAGAUGCUCGGAGUCGUCGUGUGUCUUACAGCACAGAGUCGUUUCUUCAGCCCGUACACAAACCCUACAUCACCAUGUGCCAAAACCACCGCAUGUGUAGCACGUACAAGACAAUCUACAGGGUUUCUUACAGGCAGGUGAGCAGAGCAGCUCCCAAUUCACACAUUUACCCAGAAUGCUGUCCGGGAUGGCGACGCAUGCAUUCACACAACUGUAACCGAGCUGUGUGUGAGCAGUCUUGUGUAAAUGGAGGCUCGUGUGUAAGGCCUAAUCACUGCGCAUGUCCAAGAGGAUGGACGGGAAGAUACUGCCAAACAGAUGUGGAUGAGUGUGAGGAGGGUCAGCGCUGCUCACAGAAGUGUGUGAAUACGGUGGGGAGUUAUCGGUGUGUGUGUCAGGAGGGAUUCAGUCUGGCUGAAGAUGAAGUAACAUGUUCAAGAAUUCCUGCUCCCUCCCCGCUGCCCAGCGACGAACGCUCAUCUAGAAGCCAUGCUGGUGAAGGUUUGGGAUUGGUGGCAAACGUUACUGAAGAAGUUCAGAUCCUUAAAACCAGAGUGGAACUCCUCGAGCAGAAACUAGAGAUGGUUCUGGCUCCCUUCACCACGCUCUUCCCCUUGGAUGGUGUGGGAGACACUAACAGCUUCCUGUCUGAGAGGACCAACUUCCUGUCGCAUUCUCUGCAGCAACUAGACCGAAUCGAGUCGCUCAGUGAGCAGGUUGGGUUCCUGGAGGAGCGUAUCGGAGCCUGUGCCUGCCAGGAAAACUAGACGAUCAAAGAUGGGCUGCAUCCUCAAGUGAAACCAAUAUCUGAGAAGUCUUAAUAAACAGCCGCAACACUAAAGGCCUGAACCCUGUAAACAUGUU